CAAAUGUGUGUUUCCCGACCCUUAUAUCAUGUCAUUUAAGUGUGUUUUUGUGAACCAAUUGUUUGUUUCAAACGUACAAACAAUACAAAACACAUUACAAUAACAAUAACACCACUCAAUACAGUCUAGUAGUAGUGAAACACACAAUCAGUUAUAAUUGACAAUUAGUUGACAAUUGAAUGAAAUGCCAAUUCAUAUAAUCAUAACAACAAUACAAAUGCUUUGUGUGUUAUAUAUAUUGUGAGUGAAAAAUAUUAGUUAUUAUUUGAUUUGUGUUUUGUUGAUCGCAUCACUCAAUACACACUUGAUUUACUCAUUAUUACCAUUAAAUUAAAUCAACGCAAAAACGAGUUGUAAUUUAGUUUAAAUCACAAGACAUUAUCGCCAAAGAGAUGUCAAACAAUUCAUUGAUGUUUAAGGAAAAGGGUUCGCUUCAGUUUGAGGACAUUUGGCCGAAGAUGAGACCCGUUAUACUGAAACUGUUACGCCAGGAGUCGGUCACUAAAAGCCAAUGGCAUGAAUUGUUUUGGAAUGUGCAUUCGGUGUGUCUUUGGGACGAAAAGGGUGCCAUCAAAUUGCACUCUAACCUCCGCGAAGAUAUACUAGAUUUCAUUCAUUUCGCACAAAUCGUGGUGAUGCAACACCAGGAGGACCAGGCGCUGCUCAAGGCGUACAUCAGUUCGUGGUGCAAGUUCUUCAUUCAGUGCUCAUACCUGCCGAUGCCUUUCCAUCAGUUAGAGCAGGCGUUGCUCAACAAACCGCCCACUAAUACCGCACAGAAGAAGGGCAACAACGAGGAGAGUAUUGUCAGAAAGCUAAUGCUGGACAGUUGGAACGCCAGCAUAUUCUCCAACAUUAAGCACCGGCUCCAGAACUCAGCCAUGAAACUGGUCCACUCCGAGCGCAACGGCGAGGCCUUUGACUCGCAAUUGGUGAUCGGUGUGCGCGAGUCCUACGUUAACCUGUGCUCCAAUCCCAUCGAUCGGCUCCAGAUUUAUCGCGACAACUUCGAGAAGGCCUACAUCGAGGCCACCGAAGCCUUCUACCGGACCAAAGCGCCCGAAUAUCUGGAGGCCAACGGUGUUCAGAUGUACAUGUCUUGGGCCGACAUGAAACUGGUCGAAGAGGAACAGCGGGCACAGCGUUACUUGGAGUCCUACUCCGGUUCCGUACAGGCGCUCUUGGAUUGUUGUGUGAAAGUACUCAUCACUGCGUUUAAGGAUAUCAUAAUCGCCGAAUGUCCACAAAUGAUUAAAUUUAACGACACCAACAAAUUGCAGCUAAUGUUUCGACUCAUGGAUCGGGUGUCGGAAGGAAUUGUGCCAAUGCUUGAGUAUCUGGAGAGCCAUAUCAUAGACCAAGGGUUGGCCGAUAUGAUGGCAUCGGCAGAGAUAAUUACUCAGGACUCCGAGAAAUACAUCGAACAACUGUUGGAACUGUUCCAACGGUUCAGUCUUCUGGUCAAGAAGGCCUUCAACGACGACCCGCGGUUCCUCACCUCACGAGACAAAGCCUUCAAACAAGUGGUAAACGACACGUCCGUCUUUCGAUUAGAUCUUCCGACCCGUCAGCUCAAGAGUGUUGCGGGCAAUUCAAGUAAAGCGCAGCCCGAAUCCCGGUGUCCGGAAUUGUUGGCCAAUUACUGUGAUAUGUUGCUCAGGAAGACACCCAUCAGUCGUAAACUCACAUCCGAUGAGAUCGAAGCCAAACUCAAAGAAGUGCUAUUAGUAUUGAAAUACAUCCAAAACAAAGACGUGUUUAUGCGCUACCAUAAGGCACACCUCACGCGACGACUCAUUCUCGACUCUUCGGCCGAUUCCGAGAAGGAGGAGAAUAUGGUUGAGUGGCUUCGGGACGUCGGUAUGCCUGCGGAGUAUGUGAACAAAUUGGGCCGAAUGUUCCAAGACAUCAAAGUCAGCGAAGACCUCAACCAACAGUUCAAGAACGCCAACCGGUGCUCAUCGGCGGCCAACACCGGUGCUCACCAUUUGGCCGAUUCGAUCAACAUUAAGAUACUGAACGCCGGCGCGUGGGCUCGAGGCUCGGAGCGCGUCCAGGUGUCACUGCCCCGAGAAAUGGAGGACAUUAUACCCGAAGUGGAGGAGUUCUAUCGCAAGCAACACAACGGCCGCAAACUUCAGUGGUAUCACCACAUGUCCAACGGAACUUUAACGUUUAGCAAUAAUGCUGGUAAAUUCGACCUCGAUGUUACCACCUUUCAGAUGGCAGUGCUAUUCGUAUGGAAUGAUCGCCCAUACGAUCGGAUCAGUUAUGAAAACCUUCGAUUGGCCACUGAGUUGCCCGACCCGGAGCUCAGAAAGACUCUAUGGUCUUUAAUAGCAUUUCCAAAACUCAAACGACAAGUCCUUCUCUGCGAGAGUGACGUGAAGUCAACGAAAGACUUUGACGACAGCACUAUAUUUGCCAUCAAUCAGGAGUUUACUGUCAUGUAAG